GUAUGUCCCCAUAUUGAACACAACCAACACUUAGAAAAAAUAUCCCUUCCUCUUGGAGAUGAAGAUGUAUCUUCCAAUCCUCUUCGUCGUUUCGCUUCUCUUCUCCUACUCUCAUGGUUCAGUGCUAGACUUCUGUGUGGCAGACUUCUCAUUGCCCGAUGGACCUGCAGGCUACUCUUGCAAGAAACCUGCUAACGUGACGGUUAAUGAUUUUGUUUAUUCAGGUUUAGGCAUUGCUGGUAACACUAGCAGUCUUAUCAAAGCUGCGGUUACAACAGCAUUUGUAGAUCAAUUUCCUGGUUUGAAUGGGCUUGGCCUUUCCAUGGCACGUUUAGAUCUAGCCGUGGGUGGAGUUGUGCCAAUCCACACGCACCGUGGAGGUUCAGAAAUCAUUUUUGUGGUGGAAGGAACAAUUUGUGCCGGAUUCAUAUCUUCUUCGACCAACACUGCUUAUUUUAAAACUCUUCACAAAGGGGAUGUUAUGGUUUUCCCACAAGGGCUAUUGCAUUUUCAAUUCAAUACUGGAAAUAUACCGGCUCUUGCGAUUGUUAGCCUCAAUAGCGCAAACCCGGGUGUCGACUUCACUGAUGGUGCGUUGUUUGGCAACAAUUUGCCUUCUGCAGUGGUGGAGAAGGUAACUUUCCUUGAUCAUGCUCAGGUCAAGAAACUCAAGGCUGUUUUUGGUGGCACUGGUUAAGAAAGGCCUUUGAAGACUAUUUAUUUUUAUUGUUAUUUUUUAUUAUAAUGGUUUCUUUUUGCUGUACUACUUAAAGAGUCUCUCAAGUCGAGUGUCUUUUGUAUGGGUCUUUAACAUUUCCUUCUGCAGGCAAAUGCAUGUUUUUCUUAAUAAUAUUUAUCUGAAUAAUUGGCAAAGUUGUCCAUAGGUAUACUGUUCGUAAGGCCCGAGUAGUAUGCGGAUGAAUGC